AUGCAUGAUGCACCACCACCACUCUCAAUGCCGGCAUAUUUGUUAAGCAUAGGGAGUAGGACACUUGGGACCAUUGCUACUGUGGGGACUAUCUUAAAACAGCCGGGUCCACGACACCCUCGGUACAUUGGGUCCAGAGGUGGUGGAGCUGGGGGAGGAUUUGGAAAAGGUGGUGGAGUAGGUGGUGGGCAUGGAAAAGGUGGUGGAGUUGGUGGGGGCGCCGGUGGAGGAUUUGGAAAAGGUGGUGGCAAGGGAGGUGGAGGUGGUGGAGGCGGUGGAUUUGGGGGAGGGGCUGGUGGAGGCAUUGGCAAGGGUGGUGGAGUUGGAGGAGGAGCUGGUGGAGGAGUAGGUGGUGGAGCUGGGGGAGGUGUUGGUGGAGGCAUUGGUAAGGGUGGUGGAGUUGGAGGGGGAGCUGGUGGAGGAGUAGGUGGUGGAGCUGGGGGAGGAUUUGGAAAAGGUGGUGGAGUAGGUGGUGGGCAUGGAAAAGGUGGUGGAGUUGGUGGGGGCGCCGGUGGAGGAUUUGGAAAAGGUGGUGGCAAGGGAGGUGGAGGUGGUGGAGGCGGUGGAUUUGGGGGAGGGGCUGGUGGAGGCAUUGGCAAGGGUGGUGGAGUUGGAGGAGGAGCUGGUGGAGGAGUAGGUGGUGGAGCUGGGGGAGGUGUUGGUGGAGGCAUUGGUAAGGGUGGUGGAGUUGGAGGGGGAGCUGGUGGAGGAGUAGGUGGUGGAGCUGGGGGAGGAUUUGGAAAAGGUGGUGGAGUAGGUGGUGGGCAUGGAAAAGGUGGUGGAGUUGGUGGGGGCGCCGGUGGAGGAUUUGGAAAAGGUGGUGGCAAGGGAGGUGGAGGUGGUGGAGGCGGUGGAUUUGGGGGAGGGGCUGGUGGAGGCAUUGGCAAGGGUGGUGGAGUUGGAGGAGGAGCUGGUGGAGGAGUAGGUGGUGGAGCUGGGGGAGGUGUUGGUGGAGGCAUUGGUAAGGGUGGUGGAGUUGGAGGGGGAGCUGGUGGAGGAGUAGGUGGUGGAGCUGGGGGAGGAUUUGGAAAAGGUGGUGGAGUAGGUGGUGGGCAUGGAAAAGGUGGUGGAGUUGGUGGGGGCGCCGGUGGAGGAUUUGGAAAAGGUGGUGGCAAGGGAGGUGGAGGUGGUGGAGGCGGUGGAUUUGGGGGAGGGGCUGGUGGAGGCAUUGGCAAGGGUGGUGGAGUUGGAGGAGGAGCUGGUGGAGGAGUAGGUGGUGGAGCUGGGGGAGGUGUUGGUGGAGGCAUUGGUAAGGGUGGUGGAGUUGGAGGGGGAGCUGGUGGAGGAGUAGGUGGUGGAGCUGGGGGAGGAUUUGGAAAAGGUGGUGGAGUAGGUGGUGGGCAUGGAAAAGGUGGUGGAGUUGGUGGGGGCGCCGGUGGAGGAUUUGGAAAAGGUGGUGGCAAGGGAGGUGGAGGUGGUGGAGGCGGUGGAUUUGGGGGAGGGGCUGGUGGAGGCAUUGGCAAGGGUGGUGGAGUUGGAGGAGGAGCUGGUGGAGGAGUAGGUGGUGGAGCUGGGGGAGGUGUUGGUGGAGGCAUUGGUAAGGGUGGUGGAGUUGGAGGGGGAGCUGGUGGAGGAGUAGGUGGUGGAGCUGGGGGAGGAUUUGGAAAAGGUGGUGGAGUAGGUGGUGGGCAUGGAAAAGGUGGUGGAGUUGGUGGGGGCGCCGGUGGAGGAUUUGGAAAAGGUGGUGGCAAGGGAGGUGGAGGUGGUGGAGGCGGUGGAUUUGGGGGAGGGGCUGGUGGAGGCAUUGGCAAGGGUGGUGGAGUUGGAGGAGGAGCUGGUGGAGGAGUAGGUGGUGGAGCUGGGGGAGGUGUUGGUGGAGGCAUUGGUAAGGGUGGUGGAGUUGGAGGGGGAGCUGGUGGAGGAGUAGGUGGUGGAGCUGGGGGAGGAUUUGGAAAAGGUGGUGGAGUAGGUGGUGGGCAUGGAAAAGGUGGUGGAGUUGGUGGGGGCGCCGGUGGAGGAUUUGGAAAAGGUGGUGGCAAGGGAGGUGGAGGUGGUGGAGGCGGUGGAUUUGGGGGAGGGGCUGGUGGAGGCAUUGGCAAGGGUGGUGGAGUUGGAGGAGGAGCUGGUGGAGGAGUAGGUGGUGGAGCUGGGGGAGGUGUUGGUGGAGGCAUUGGUAAGGGUGGUGGAGUUGGAGGGGGAGCUGGUGGAGGAGUAGGUGGUGGAGCUGGGGGAGGAUUUGGAAAAGGUGGUGGAGUAGGUGGUGGGCAUGGAAAAGGUGGUGGAGUUGGUGGGGGCGCCGGUGGAGGAUUUGGAAAAGGUGGUGGCAAGGGAGGUGGAGGUGGUGGAGGCGGUGGAUUUGGGGGAGGGGCUGGUGGAGGCAUUGGCAAGGGUGGUGGAGUUGGAGGAGGAGCUGGUGGAGGAGUAGGUGGUGGAGCUGGGGGAGGUGUUGGUGGAGGCAUUGGUAAGGGUGGUGGAGUUGGAGGGGGAGCUGGUGGAGGAGUAGGUGGUGGAGCUGGGGGAGGAUUUGGAAAAGGUGGUGGAGUAGGUGGUGGGCAUGGAAAAGGUGGUGGAGUUGGUGGGGGCGCCGGUGGAGGAUUUGGAAAAGGUGGUGGCAAGGGAGGUGGAGGUGGUGGAGGCGGUGGAUUUGGGGGAGGGGCUGGUGGAGGCAUUGGCAAGGGUGGUGGAGUUGGAGGAGGAGCUGGUGGAGGAGUAGGUGGUGGAGCUGGGGGAGGUGUUGGUGGAGGCAUUGGUAAGGGUGGUGGAGUUGGAGGGGGAGCUGGUGGAGGAGUAGGUGGUGGAGCUGGGGGAGGAUUUGGAAAAGGUGGUGGAGUAGGUGGUGGGCAUGGAAAAGGUGGUGGAGUUGGUGGGGGCGCCGGUGGAGGAUUUGGAAAAGGUGGUGGCAAGGGAGGUGGAGGUGGUGGAGGCGGUGGAUUUGGGGGAGGGGCUGGUGGAGGCAUUGGCAAGGGUGGUGGAGUUGGAGGAGGAGCUGGUGGAGGAGUAGGUGGUGGAGCUGGGGGAGGUGUUGGUGGAGGCAUUGGUAAGGGUGGUGGAGUUGGAGGGGGAGCUGGUGGAGGAGUAGGUGGUGGAGCUGGGGGAGGAUUUGGAAAAGGUGGUGGAGUAGGUGGUGGGCAUGGAAAAGGUGGUGGAGUUGGUGGGGGCGCCGGUGGAGGAUUUGGAAAAGGUGGUGGCAAGGGAGGUGGAGGUGGUGGAGGCGGUGGAUUUGGGGGAGGGGCUGGUGGAGGCAUUGGCAAGGGUGGUGGAGUUGGAGGAGGAGCUGGUGGAGGAGUAGGUGGUGGAGCUGGGGGAGGUGUUGGUGGAGGCAUUGGUAAGGGUGGUGGAGUUGGAGGGGGAGCUGGUGGAGGAGUAGGUGGUGGAGCUGGGGGAGGAUUUGGAAAAGGUGGUGGAGUAGGUGGUGGGCAUGGAAAAGGUGGUGGAGUUGGUGGGGGCGCCGGUGGAGGAUUUGGAAAAGGUGGUGGCAAGGGAGGUGGAGGUGGUGGAGGCGGUGGAUUUGGGGGAGGGGCUGGUGGAGGCAUUGGCAAGGGUGGUGGAGUUGGAGGAGGAGCUGGUGGAGGAGUAGGUGGUGGAGCUGGGGGAGGUGUUGGUGGAGGCAUUGGUAAGGGUGGUGGAGUUGGAGGGGGAGCUGGUGGAGGAGUAGGUGGUGGAGCUGGGGGAGGAUUUGGAAAAGGUGGUGGAGUAGGUGGUGGGCAUGGAAAAGGUGGUGGAGUUGGUGGGGGCGCCGGUGGAGGAUUUGGAAAAGGUGGUGGCAAGGGAGGUGGAGGUGGUGGAGGCGGUGGAUUUGGGGGAGGGGCUGGUGGAGGCAUUGGCAAGGGUGGUGGAGUUGGAGGAGGAGCUGGUGGAGGAGUAGGUGGUGGAGCUGGGGGAGGUGUUGGUGGAGGCAUUGGUAAGGGUGGUGGAGUUGGAGGGGGAGCUGGUGGAGGAGUAGGUGGUGGAGCUGGGGGAGGAUUUGGAAAAGGUGGUGGAGUAGGUGGUGGGCAUGGAAAAGGUGGUGGAGUUGGUGGGGGCGCCGGUGGAGGAUUUGGAAAAGGUGGUGGCAAGGGAGGUGGAGGUGGUGGAGGCGGUGGAUUUGGGGGAGGGGCUGGUGGAGGCAUUGGCAAGGGUGGUGGAGUUGGAGGAGGAGCUGGUGGAGGAGUAGGUGGUGGAGCUGGGGGAGGUGUUGGUGGAGGCAUUGGUAAGGGUGGUGGAGUUGGAGGGGGAGCUGGUGGAGGAGUAGGUGGUGGAGCUGGGGGAGGAUUUGGAAAAGGUGGUGGAGUAGGUGGUGGGCAUGGAAAAGGUGGUGGAGUUGGUGGGGGCGCCGGUGGAGGAUUUGGAAAAGGUGGUGGCAAGGGAGGUGGAGGUGGUGGAGGCGGUGGAUUUGGGGGAGGGGCUGGUGGAGGCAUUGGCAAGGGUGGUGGAGUUGGAGGAGGAGCUGGUGGAGGAGUAGGUGGUGGAGCUGGGGGAGGUGUUGGUGGAGGCAUUGGUAAGGGUGGUGGAGUUGGAGGGGGAGCUGGUGGAGGAGUAGGUGGUGGAGCUGGGGGAGGAUUUGGAAAAGGUGGUGGAGUAGGUGGUGGGCAUGGAAAAGGUGGUGGAGUUGGUGGGGGCGCCGGUGGAGGAUUUGGAAAAGGUGGUGGCAAGGGAGGUGGAGGUGGUGGAGGCGGUGGAUUUGGGGGAGGGGCUGGUGGAGGCAUUGGCAAGGGUGGUGGAGUUGGAGGAGGAGCUGGUGGAGGAGUAGGUGGUGGAGCUGGGGGAGGUGUUGGUGGAGGCAUUGGUAAGGGUGGUGGAGUUGGAGGGGGAGCUGGUGGAGGAGUAGGUGGUGGAGCUGGGGGAGGAUUUGGAAAAGGUGGUGGAGUAGGUGGUGGGCAUGGAAAAGGUGGUGGAGUUGGUGGGGGCGCCGGUGGAGGAUUUGGAAAAGGUGGUGGCAAGGGAGGUGGAGGUGGUGGAGGCGGUGGAUUUGGGGGAGGGGCUGGUGGAGGCAUUGGCAAGGGUGGUGGAGUUGGAGGAGGAGCUGGUGGAGGAGUAGGUGGUGGAGCUGGGGGAGGUGUUGGUGGAGGCAUUGGUAAGGGUGGUGGAGUUGGAGGGGGAGCUGGUGGAGGAGUAGGUGGUGGAGCUGGGGGAGGAUUUGGAAAAGGUGGUGGAGUAGGUGGUGGGCAUGGAAAAGGUGGUGGGGGCGCCGGUGGAGGAUUUGGAAAAGGUGGUGGUGGAGGAAUCGGAAAAGGUGGUGGGGUUGGUGGAGGUGCUGGUGGUGGAAUAGGAGGUGGCUCUGGUGGUGGAGUCGGCGGAGGAUUCGGCAAAGGUGGCGGAAUUGGUGGAGGUAUAGGAGGAGGUGCUGGCGGUGGGUUUGGUGGAGGAGCAGGUGGGGGUGGAGGCGGUGGAUUUGGUGGCGGAGGUGGUGGAUUUGGUGGCGGAGGUGGUGGUGGAAUUGGACAUCCCUGAAAACGUUGCAUGAAAAUAGACAGACAUACAAGAAUGCAUCUGUGCAGAAGUAACGAGAGUCUAAUGACACUACUAUCCUAUUCCUAUAUUAAUUCCCAUCGUUAGUACGUGGAAAAUUUUUCACGUUUGUUUUAGCUAAAUCUCUCCCUACCUAUUCUCAUAUGUGUUCACUUAUUCUGCUUUAGAUGUUUGUCCCCAUCCCCAAUUUACUAUAAAUACAAAUAUUUCUAUUCCUUAAUAUCUUUGCUUGCAACAUCUGUCAUUCAUCGUUCGGUUCAUUUGAUUCAAUUAAUAAAAAC